AUCACAGAACGGAAGAUGGUGUCAUGUUACCAGAUAAUUCGAUUUCGGAAAAUACGAAGACGGAUAAUAAUGCAUAGAGGGAGUAAGGGACAGAUUGCACUGUGCUUCAAAUGAUCCCUCCGGUCUUCGCCUUCACGUCUCGUGGAUAUAUAACAAUGUAUCUUAAGGAGAAGGAUCGUCGAUAGGAUUUAGCUUGAUCGAAGAUCUAUCGCACGAAAUCGACAAUGACGACGUUCGGAUACAUGGAGGCAAACUCGAUGGCGUGGCUGGUGACGAUCCCAGCCGUCGCCAUCGAGAACCUGGUAGCCCUCGUCAUCAUAUCUUCGCGUAAACGUUGGAAGAGUCCCGAUGUCCUUCUCUUCUCCAUCACCCUCGGCCACCUCCUGUCUUUGCUCCUACCUCUCCUCUUGUACGCAGUCAUCACCUUCACCAAGACCCCGUGGUCGGACGGCUCCUGCAAGUUCUUAGUCUGGUGCGUCAUGAGUUUCCGCAUCGUCGGCGCGGUCAACAUCGCUUUCAUCUCCCUCGAUCGGGUCUGGACGCUGAAAUGGCCGAGCUCGUACCGCUCCCAUAACUCCUCCCGUCAGACGGCCCGCACCGCCGUCUUCAUGUGGCUCUUCGGUGUGGCCAUCGGGACGAUUCCACUUAUCAGCUGGAGCAACCUUGAAGUCAACCAGACCUGCAGUUUGGUUCUCAACAUUGCAGGGUACGGCUACGCCAUGUGCAUCGUCAUCAUUAUUCUAGGUAGCGUGAUCAUUAGUACUGGUUGUAUAUGUACCAUCGUGGUCAACGUCGCGUUCGUUUGGCCUCUGCUUGAAGAAUCAUCCGAUCCCAAAGACACUAUCCCUCAUAUCGUCAUCGAGAGUGAAACGGGUGAGAGGACAUCGGCGGUGGUUGGGUCAAGGGAUUCGCAGAACAAGCAGAUUUACUACCUCGUGUCGACAGUGGUCGUGUUAUAUUUCUGUAUUAAUGGAUUGCCUUUUGUGGUUAUCAACAUUAUUGCCUUCACGGAGGACGUCCCCUCGUAUUGGAUGUCGGUUACGAUAUCGUGGUGUAGUGUAGUAUCGGCCUUACUUCACCCACCUCUCCUUGUUCUCCUGUGUAACCGAUACAAGAAGGUGUGCGUGAGAUUCUUCCGAUAUAUCGGCGAGAGCUGCGGCUGCACCCAUGUCACACCAGCGAGACCUAGUUUGAACGGUAUCACACGCCAAGAGACAUUCGAUUCAUUGGAUGACUUCUCAUCCGAUGAAGACGACAAGCUUCACUUCCCAUCCCCUGAUUGGUCGGACAGAUCAUUCACAGGAUCGUUCGAUGAGACACCGGGUCCAAGCUCGCAGCCCACCAUCGAAGUGACUACACCAACUACGACCAACUCUCAGACCGUCACCGUUGUCGAACACUCGCAGGUCGUCCAGAAUGGAAAAAUACCACCGAAGAAAUCUCAAAGAACUCCAUUGCAAAGUGGAAAGUAUACGCCCAGGAGUUACCCAGAUGCAGUCUCGCCGACCAAAACAGCAGUUGAGUACGACAAUGCUGCAUUUGUCGUUGAGGAUGAGAACAAGAAGGGGAAAAGCAAAAAACAACGAAGUCCAAAGCUAACCCCAGAACAGAAGAGAGCAAUCUGGCAGGGCCAUAAGGGCGCCAGGAAGAGGCUUGAGGCUUUGAAACAGGCCAGUGCAGAAAGGGGUUCUUCUUCUUCUCGCUCGUCGAAAGGGAAAAAGACCCGGAGCAAAACUCGACAGGAAAAACGGGAGAAGGAUGCGGACAAGAUUAUGAAAGACAAUAUACCCGAUAAGAACAAGCACAAGCGACUUGAAAGAAUCUCAACAAGGCAACAUUCUUUGGACAGUUUAACAGUUCCUACCAAAAGGAGAGCUCCCAUGUUAUCGUCGAGAUCGUUUGAUCAGCCUGAUAAUAAAGUGACUAUAAAAGUCGACAUUGAAAACAGCGAUCGUCAGAACAAUUUUACAGAUUUCUUACGGGAAGAAAAGAAAAAAUCAAUAAGUGUGAAAACUGUAAAAUCCGAGGGAGAGACCUCGCGUGGCAAAAAGAAGCGUAAAAAGCCUGAAAAGAAAGAAGACCGGGCUGAAAGGAAAGAAAACUUCAAGAAGGACAACGUCGACAAUAAACUACAAAGGGACCAGAAACUCACAGUUAGCCCGAAUAGCUCCCCAAGUGCACACGAGAGACGAAAAACAGACGGCAAUUCUCUACGUGGGCCGCGUUUUGAAAUCGCCCGUGAAAACUACAACUCUGAUUUCUCCAGCUUCGGCUCAGGUGAGCUUUACGAUAUACCUGAGGAAUCGCCAGAAGAAGUAAUGGUUGAAAGUUCAGGAUGGAGUCCGUCGACCGUUCGAGCAAUCAGAACGCAACACAGAAACGAAUUGGAGCCCAGAAGUGAUUGUAAAAACCGUGAUGGAAAUACUGUACCAAGAAAACAUAAAGAAAGGGAAAGACCGAGACCAAGGAGUAAGUUGGAUCGCACGGAGCCUGGCCUGCAAGUAAAAGAUAAAAGACCAACAAAAGGCUUGCUGAGCAGGCAACUCUCCCAAGAUCACUCUAGGACUACGGAAGUGAAUUCAAUAGAAAUGACGGAACUUGGGAACCCAGGUUCCAUUGAAAAUAUCCCAUUUGGUCAUUUGCAUGAUAACAACGACGAAAUGUCCUUCAACGAACAUAAAGCUUUUGCAGAGACUGCAAUGGAUGCUGACCAAUCAAAGUAUUACACAUCGGAGGAUCUCCUAGAAAAGCAUGUGAAGCAGGGUGGAGUUGAAAGAGAACAUUCGAUUCUUGAAGAUCACUCGACAGAUCUUCCUGCAGAUGCUGGACAUCCUAGGGAAGAAGCAAAACAUCGUGGUUUUACACUCCAUACCCAAGCAUGGGCAUCGCUUAGUUCUCCGCCAGGAAAGACCCUGACUGAGUUGGAAGAGGUCCCUUCGGAACAGAAAGGUCACUUGAGCAAGAGUAGGUCAACUGGGGAUCGCCCCUCGGCAAAAGACUUGAGGGAACGGUACCGGAAGUCACAUCUAAGUAUGGCAGCCAUAUUCGAAAGUAUCCAGGAUGAUUCGCAGGAAGUAGUGUAUCUUUGAAAAGAAGAGGAUGUUUCAUUAUGAUUGUCAUUAAGUAGUUAUUUAAAGUACAAGUCCACCCCUACAAAAAGUUGAUUUGAAUAAAAAGAGAAAAAUCCAUCUAGUAUUACACGGAAAAUUUCAUGUAAAGUAAGAAAGUUUGACAUUUUAAAGUUUCGCUUGAUUUCACAAAACAGU